CUCUUCUUCUUCUUCUCCCCGUUGCAGCCCACCCGAAAGAAGAAAAAAAAAAAGGGAACCCAGCCAUGGCUUGAGGAAACCGGUAGAGAGCUUGAUUUUAUCCUUCUUUUCUUGCUCAAGAACAAGGUUGGAGCCUUGAAAUCUUUCCCCCCUGCAGGAAAGCUUCCGGAUCUGCCUUCCUCUGCUCUGUCCGUCUGUUGCUCUUCAUUGGGUGGAUGCGAAUUCUGGGCAUUUUUAGAUUUCCCUUGAAUUUCUCCUGCACUUGCCGCCGGCCUCUUCCCCCUGCCAGGUCCGGUUCUGCAGCUGGAAUUUUUGCUUUAGGACAAAGUUUAAGCAUUAAUUCAAGUGGAAUUUAUAUGAUUGAGUGUUAAAUGACUGCUGUGUGAUUUUUGGGGAAAAUCCCGUGAAUUAGCUAGUGUUUUGGCCAAUUAUGGAAAUAUCAGUUACUGUUCACGAGUACUGUUCACGCCCUACUGGCCAACAAUUAACGGGGAUUUAAAUGAUUAGUUUGUAAUAUAAGAACAAAUGUGGAGAUUGAUAGGAAUAGCAUUGUGAUUAGGGAUAGUCCUAAUGAAGUUUCACCUUGAAUUUGUGAUAGUAUAGAAUUAAUUCUUGUAUAUUUUGAUUAGGUUCCCGAUCGUUCUGUCAAUUAGCACUGAGAUUGAGUCUUCGGUUUUAUACAAGUGAGGUAAGUAAAUUUAUGGUAAUGCCCAUACAGUUUUUAAAAGCAUGUUUUGAUUUGUUUUUGAAGUGGUGGGGGGACUAAACCCGUUUUACACAAGUAUGAUUGAUUUGAAGUGAAAUUUUUAUACUUUUCAUUAAAUUGAGCAUGCCUACUUGAAAUUUAAUUGAUUGUCCUGAUGAUUUGAAAGUGAUUGGUGAAUUAUGAUUUUUCUGUUAACUUCUGUCUGUUUUGUCUCCGAUGUGGUUAUGUUAUUAAUGAUCCUAUUAGUGGGGGUUAAACGCUAGCACAUGUCGACAUGUUAUUGAUAGAACCGGUUCAUUCAAGUGUAGCCUGCCAGUGGGAGGUUUAUAACACUGGCCAUGACCUAUAGAGGAGACGUCUAUUUCGUUCCCAUACUGUAUCCGUUUUUUGUAAUUGUACAUGUUGGCAUGCUAUAAGUUUAAUAUGGGGCACUCCAUAUUUACUUACUGAGUUUAUCUCAUAGUUUUCCUUGUCCACCAUUUCAAGAAGCGAAACAGAGGACGGGGAAACCACAGGAAGUGACGAGUUAGAAGGCUAGCCAUUUCAAGAUUGAUAUAGAUUUUAGAAAUAAAUCAUGAUCUUGUAAACUAGACUUUAUUGGAGAUUUAAUAACAAAUUCUCACGACCAAUGUAAUCUUCAUCUUAUUUUAGAACAAUA